UCUAAAAUCUUGCCCUCAGACCUGCUUCAACUAUCAAUAAUCGUCUCACAACAAGUUUGAUCACAAAAAUGGCGGUCGCGGCUCCCACAACACCCUCUGAGCAUUCGAUGUCCCUCACCAAGUUCAUCUCGCGACUACGCAGGCGCAACAGCAAAGAUAUCUCCAAAAAACAAGAACAACUCGACACUCCUAUUGAUACGAGACCAGCACUAAUACCCUCUCCCCUCCCCCUGGUCCUCCCGGACCACCAACAAGCCCUCUCAAGCCUCGGCUGGACAACCAUCACCUUUCCCCAACCACCACCUACGGAUUCAUCCCAGGACCUACCAGCACCCGGACCGCACCCUCUGCAAAUGGCCUACGAAGCGCUAUUCUCGGCUUCUCAAGCCUUCUUCGCGCAGCCCGCCGACGAAAAGACGCGCUGGAAGCACAAACUCGGCUCCGAAGAGGGCUGGUCCUGCAUCCCAGGCGAGAAGGAAUUCAUCACUUUGCGCACGCUGGAGUACUGUCCUGAAGUCUUACGUGGGCCGGCGAAGAGGUAUUGGGAUCUCAUGGGUGUGCAUCUCGAAAAUACGCUUGGACGGAUAGCUACAAGUCUGGAUAUCCCGGAGCCUGACGAUGCGGCGAAGGGGUUGAAGAAGUUUGUUGGACCGUGCGGGGCUAUGCAGGAGCGUGACGAGCAAAAGACGGCGACGAUGUUGAGGUUGUUUAGGUAUGAGGGGUGGGAAGCGAAGGAGGUUGCGGAACCACAUGCGGACCUGGGGCUGUUGAGUGUUGUCGUUGGCAAUGUUCCUGGGCUGGAAGUCUGGGAAGGUGCGAAAUGGUUCAAAGUCGAGAAAGAGGUUGAGAAGACAGGGAUGAAGGGAGCGAGCUUGUUAGCGGGAAGACAGUUGGAGCGUCUAAGCAAUGGACGAUACCCUGCAGGUGGUCAUCGGGUAGUGUCGUAUGGAGAUCCAGAUGGAGGCAAAGAUGGUGAGAAGAGAUAUAGGUUCAGUAUUGUGUUCGUUCUGCGCGCUCAUGAACCUGUGGUUAUCAAUUCAGAUGAGCUGGAGACGGAUAUCACAGGUAAAUGGCCGGAGCCGGUGCUGGGCUUGACGGCGGAGAAGUUGUAUGCGAAGAUACGGGGCGCGCAUUUUAAUAUCAAUAUCAGCAUGGAGGAGCGGGAAAGACAGAGGCAGAAUGUUAGGAGGGCGAAAGAGCAGAUCAUAAGUGGAUGAGUGACGCUGUACUAGCCUAUCUAUCCAGAUUACCAGAAGCUGACUUGAUUGAG